AUGUUCGUUGCGCGGAGUAUUGCAGCGGAUCAUAAGGAUCUCAUCCACGAUGUGUCUUUCGACUUCCACGGAAGGCGGAUGGCGACCUGCUCCAGUGACCAGAGUGUCAAGGUCUGGGACAAAAGUGAAAAUGGGGAUUGGCAUUGUACUGCUAGCUGGAAGACACAUAGUGGAUCUGUGUGGCGUGUGACAUGGGCCCAUCCUGAAUUUGGACAGGUUUUAGCUUCUUGUUCAUUUGACCGAACAGCUGCUGUAUGGGAAGAAAUUGUAGGAGAAUCGAAUGAUAAACUGCGAGGACAGAGUCACUGGGUCAAGAGGACAACUCUAGUGGAUAGCAGAACAUCGGUCACUGAUGUGAAAUUUGCUCCCAAACAUAUGGGUCUUAUGUUAGCGACCUGUUCAGCUGAUGGGAUAGUAAGAAUAUAUGAGGCCCCUGAUGUUAUGAAUCUUAGUCAGUGGUCUCUGCAGCAUGAGAUCUCGUGUAAGCUAAGCUGUAGUUGUAUUUCUUGGAACCCAUCAAG